AUUAAAUAGGAUGUGGGCCAAAUGUUAGGCCCAUAUAACCAGGCUAAAAGCCUUGUACGCCUAACCUAAACCUCGCCUAUAAAAAGGGAGCCGAGGGUUUAGGAUUAGGUUAACGUCGUACUUAUUCACUAUAGCCUUACGCGCAUAUCUUUAUGUUGUACGAGUUCACGGUCUAUCAAAGAGGGUUUUACAUUGAUUCAAUCUGUGUUCAUCCUUACGUUUAAAUCUUUGUUGUUAGAUCGUUAUUCAUUGCUGUUACAGAAACAGGGACUAUCACGCUUCAUGCCGAACGUCAUGGAUCUCCCAGCUCGAGCAUAUCGAACGGAUUCCACUGCAUAAUAAGCAUAGUAAUACGGUCGUACGGCCGAACAACACAUAUAUACAUACAAUGUAAAUGUAUAAACAUUUUGUUACCAUCCAAGACGGUAAUAAUAACCCUCGGCCUGGAUUUAUUUCUCAAACUGUGAGAAUCCCCGUACUGGGUACAGUUGUCGAGCGGGCACUCACUGCCGAACGAGACCAUGAAUGGUCUACAAAUAAAGAUACGUCAUCAGACAAUGCCUUUGCGAGACGCUCUAGUCAGCUAAUUUGAGCCGAUCGGGGGACCUGCCGAAUGGUAAGGUGUCGGAACCGGGCAAGGCGAUGGCCGAUCUGGAGUUCAUACCAUGCGGGAAGUUCCCUUCCGAUUUGCUCUGGCUACUAGGCGCCUUUGUGGUAGCAUUCAGUAUGUAUUGCUGAACGGAAAUCUUCUAUGCGGCACUCCCCGGACAGGUCCAACCAAGAGAGAGAGUCUCCGACAGGAUACUGCUGUGGGAGCGGUAGCUUUAAGCUCCAUGACAUCCCUUACUGACAGAAACUCGUUGGGCUUUCCUUCUGAACCAUGACGGAUGGGAGAAUUACACCCAGGGUCAGGUGAACCAAGAUCAAGGUGGAGAUGCUGGACGGGAGGUGCCAGGCGGAUAUGGCCGAGCAGCGUAUGGCCGAAUAAGGAGGUGGCUAAAUGAUGGAAUCCCAAGUGAAAAUGGCCGUGCGGCGUGCUGGCUUUGGUAAUGGACUAUAUUCCUUUGUGUUCAAAAAUCGUUCGGAAAAUCCGACCAGUAACGACCUAGCAGACUGGUAAAACAGAUCCUCGAAGAUAGAUAGGUGGAAAAUGUUGGCCGACGUGUACCGACCGGCGGUCAUCACUUGGCACACGAAAGCAAAAUGCUCAGGGAUGCCAAGCUGGAAAGUACCGAUAAGGUUUGGCGACAUGGUGCUCUUGGGCUGGGUUUCCUUGCUACUGGGGCCAGGUCGGGAGUUCCCGUUCAGCCGGUUAAACUGCCAUACUGUGAAUUUUCCGUCGUUCUGUUAUUUACCAGCACGCGGUGGUGGUCAGUCGGGCUGCUUUGAUCGCCGGGAGAGGCCCCGAACGGGAAAGCUCUCUCCCUCUUUCGGGGAUGUUCAGGAUAAGUCCCGCUCGGGACUGUGGUGAUUCUACUGAAGCAUAGUAAAUAGUUGAGGGGUUGAAGCAGGAGCUUAUAUCUUUACCGAGAAGACUGGUUCUGCUCAUUCCCACCGGGUAGAUAGCUUGCUGCUGGAGAAUUCAAAAAUCGCCCCCUGCAAAAUAAGAUUCGGGUACCGCCCGGGCUUAACAUCUUAGUUAUCAUGUGGUUCAACGAUCUCCUCUUUGCUAACCAUUCUCAUCCAUUUGAGAAGAGACUGCCGUUCGAGCAGAUUGGAGGUUCCUUAGUGAACAGGAUCUAUGUACUAAUGUACUGCAGUUGUCGAUUGGAAACUCCUCACCUCCCAGAGACUUUUCACUCUAGGCUUCAGGAUCCACGUAAGUUUUCACCUUUGGUUGAUACUGCUGGGCUGAGUGUGGGGUACAUCCAGGAUAAAGAUCUGUCAUUUUACCUUUGCUACUUGCUUCCUACGUUCCUUUUUCCUUUAUCUUUCUUCAAGGAGUCGUUGUAUGAGUCUAGAUGUGAAAAAAUCCAGAUUCUUAACUUCCCAACCUGCCUUUUUGCUAGUUUGCUUUGUGUAUGAAUUUUGUGUAGAAAACAUGAAUCUUUUUGAACAAGAUUCCCACAGACGACGCUAAUGUUGAAUUUAAGUCCAACAUAAACUAAUAGAUAUAGAUAUAAUUUGAUAUAACACUCGAUAUUUAUGUGGAAAUCCGAAAUGGAGAAAAUCAUGGAACUUUUUAAGCUAACAUUCAAGCCCGCUCUUUCUCAUUAAUACUCUCCUCACCAUUUACAUAGUACAAAUAUUGAACCUCCAUUAAUGGAGGUCGUAAGCUCUAAUGAAAAGAAGAAAGAGGGAGGAAGAAGCCCUUCCAGGGAGAAGAGCAAAAAACCGAUCCUGGA